UGAAAUUCAAGUUGAAAGUUCAGCGGAAGCGUUACUACACCGUGUCAGUAUUUAAAAGCGCCAACAAAGUGAAAGAAUGAACAGGCGCUAAACCUGAUAUAUUCCUGGACACAGCUGUGUUAAUUUACACGAAAUAGUCUCAGUCGCUUCACUAACAUCCCUGAGGAAACAGCAGCUGCUUCAAACUCUGCAAGCAUGGAAGAAAAGUCCUGCUCUUCAAGUGCUGUUGCAGCAGACAGUUCAGUCGACGUGAUGGCUGAGGCAAAGAAAUUGAUUGGUGCUGGGAACAGGCAUCUGGUGAUGGGUGACGUAGUUUCUGCAGUCAACGUGUUCCAGGAGGCUUGUGGCAUGUUGGCUGAGCGCUAUGGGGACACUGCAGAUGAGUGUGGAGAGGCCUUCUUCCUGUGUGGGAAGUCUCUGCUGGAGCUUGCCAGGAUGGAGAACACUGUCCUGGGUGACGCUCUGGAGGGAGUCCCUGAGGAGUCAUCCGAAGAGGGGGAGAAGCAGGAGAACUCCAAGUUUGAGAGCGCUGACAACUUGGAUGAGGAAACGAGGGACGAGCUUCGAAUGCAGGUCUAUGAUGCAAUGGCUGAGAAGGAAACCACUCAUGGGGAAGCUGGGGCAACUGAGCCAAAGGGGAAGAUGGAAGCAGAGGAAGAGGGUGCCGCUGAGGGUGCUGCCAAGUCUCCUGUCAAGAAUGGGAACGAGCAUUUGGAACCUCCUGUGAAUGGGGUGGAAAAGACUCCUGAAGGGAAAGUGGAAGGAGUGAAGACUGAAGAGCAGAAUGGAGAUGGGAAAGAAGUUGAGGAAGAGGGUGAAGAUGAUGAUGAUGAUGAUGAUGAUGAUGAAGGGGAAGGCACUGCUGAAGACAAGGAGAGUGAAGAGGAAGUAGGUAACCUGCAGCUGGCCUGGGAGAUGCUGGAGGUUGCCAAGGUCAUCUAUAAAAGGAAGGAGAAUGAGGCGGACCAGUUGAUGGCAGCUCAGGCCUAUCUGAAGCUUGGAGAAGUUGGUGCUGAAUCUGGAAACUACCCUGCAGCAGUGGAGGACUUCCAAGAUUGCCUGGCCCUGCAGCUGAAGCACCUGCCCCCCCACAGCCGUCUGCUGGCUGAGACUCACUACCAGCUGGGAAUGACUUACUGCUACAUAGGCCAGUACAGCCAGGCCAUCCAGCACUACAGCAGCUCUGUCAAGGUCAUUGAGGGCCGACUGGCCAUGCUCCAGGGGGUGCUUGACAAGGGUGAGAAUGGUGCUGAGGAGGGGAAGACUGAGCUGGAGGAGCUGAAGCUGCUGCUGCCUGACAUUGCUGAGAAGGUGGAGGAUGCCAAGGAGAGUCAGAGGACUGCAGGAUUGGCCUCCGUGGCCAUACAACAGACCCUGGCUGGGGCCUCAACUUCAUCUGCAUUCCCAGCUUCAGCAGAAAAAAGUGGACCAUCAGCAUUUGAAGCCAUUCAGACCGCUGUCACAUCAGCAGCUGGUGGUGGGUCCUCCAACUCUGCAUUAGACAUUUCCCACCUGGUCAGGAAAAAGAGGAAAAUGGCGAGCCCCAUAAAGGACACAGAUGCUAAAAAGAACAAGCAGGAAACUACAGUUAAUGGCAGCGGAGACUCCGGCUCUGCCAGCAACGAAGUCCAGGAGAAAGGGGCACAGGAGCCUGCCAAGCCGUCCUCUGACUCUUCUGCGUGAUUUGACUUCCUGAUCAUCCAGCAGAGCAUGCCUGUCCCCUAACACUUGUUUCUGUAAAUAUGAACAUUCUCUCACUUGCUGACUUUUUUUUUGUAUACUUGUAGUAAUAAAAGUUCAAUAUUUGCAUAUCUGAA